UCGCACUUUGACCUGCUCAACCUCGCCCUGCUCGGCGCGCAGCUGCUACUCUUCUUCCUGCUGCCCUCUUACCUGCGGAAGCCGUUUUUUCUCGUGUACUUUGCGUUCUGGCGGCUCGCGUACGACGCGGGGCUCGGCUGGGUCCUGACGCGGCAGAGCAAGCGCAGGUGGAUCGUCAAGGAGGUCCAGCGCCUCGGGUGGCUGGACGAAAAGCGCAACCCCAAGAUGAGGGACUGGAUACGGAAGCAGCUGCAAGGGAAGAUGGGGCAGGAUUAUUCGUUUGAUGCCUUACCCCUAGAGUACAAUACAUGGCUGCUCUUCCGCCAAGUAGUAGAUAUCAUACUUCUCAACGACUUCCUCGCGUACUGCAUGUUCGCAUUCUCGUGCUUCCGCGUCCCCAACGGCCUCUCCAUCCCAGUGCACAUAAUGAGGUGGAUCGGAGGAAUAGCGAUGAUCGGCUUCAACCUGUGGGUGAAGACCGAGGCUCACGGGGUCGUCAAGGACUACGGUUGGUACUGGGGCGACUGCUUCUUCCAGCGCGGGAAUCUCGUGUUCGACGGCGUCUUCGAGCUCGCGCCGCACCCGAUGUAUUCUGUCGGAUACGCCGGGUAUUACGGGUUGUCCCUCAUCGUGGGCAGCUACCCAGUGCUGUUCGUGAGCCUCGCUGCGCACGCCGCGCAAUUCGGAUUCUUGGUCGGCUUCGAGAACCCGCACAUCGAGCGGACAUACGGGCAGAGGAAGCCCAUCGCGCAACGCACCCCCCUCAGGCGCACGCCCGCCUCCGAGUCGAGCUCGCGCUCCCAGUCCGUUUCCUCCCUCGCCGACCUGACCACCCCGAGCGCCACGGAAGGUGAGACAGCCACCGAGACCGAGGAGCUUCAGACGGAGACCGAGACGGAGUUCGAGGGCACCGCGAAGCAAGAGCAGAUGAUGAAGAAAGCGGAAAUGAGCGCUGCGCUCACCCCCGCUACGGCCGUUACGAGACGUCAUAGAUCUGCGUUUGUUACCCAGCACGAUCUUAUGAAUACAUAUUUCAGACAGGACACGAUCAUCUUGCGGAACAUCGACUUGUUUAGGGCAUCGGAUCUCAAGCUCGUCCUCCUCCUAUUUUACAUGGUCGUAUCGGCCGCGCUCCCGCCGCUGUCCGUUGGGGCCACGCGCGGACUGUACUUCGCCAACGCCCUCUGCUGGGUCCUCUUCCACUCCGUCGGCCUCGGCCUCCUCCUGCGCGCGCAGAGCCAGCACAAGUUCCUCGUGCGGCACUUUAUGAAGCACUACCACUACCCGCACGACGACCGCGGCGACGGCGCCGUCGUCGAGGCGUUCGCGAACUGGAAGGCCAUCUACAACCUGAGCCUGUGCAUGACCUGGUAA